AUGGUGCUACUGUUGAGGCUUGCGUUCGCGUGGUCUCUCAUACAUGUUUGUACGUUUUUCUAAAGUUUACUUAAACGAAACUAUUCAUCAUCUUCCAGCGCGAGCUUGUCUUCCCAACCCUUUCUUUGGUUAUAGUCCCGGGUAUGGUGGCUAUUAUGCUCCUCAAGUUGGUUACAACAUGGGACAAUUCCCUCGUGUUGGACCUUUCCGUGCUGAACCACAAAGGGGUCCGUCUGCAGCUGCCGGGGGAGCUGCGGCCGUUGCUCAGAACCCGGUACAACCGCGUUUUGCUAUGCAACAGGAUGAGGUGCUUUUCAAUGAUUCAGUUUUUUUUGUUGAAACAUCAGUUAGUAUUAGAUCCGUUCCGUGUCUUCGCUGAAUUGUGCUACCUUUGCUGACAAAUGUCGCUGGUCGAACACUCAAGAGGAAGAAUUGGACUGGACGACUCUGGCCGAAUCUCCACAAGCAGCCGCUUUCUUACCUGUUCUGGAUGUUCAAAACCUUCCGGGUACACUGAAAAACGCUAUAUGUUUUUUGAUAACUUUUGAAAAUAUCAGGUCAAUCCGCCGGUUCUCUAACGUCGCCAGCUCGAAAUGGUUGGGAGAGUGGUCAACUCGUAUCUGAUGCGCUGCCUUGCCUCACAAGCGGAUUGAAAAUCACGGCAACUGCUUGGCGCAGCAAAGUUGGACCGACCAGUGAGCAGCCAAAGUUACAGGUUUGAUAAUGUUCAUUACGCCGAUAGCACUUUUUUUUUCAGAUCUGCGCAAGGAAUGCAAAUGAAGAAAAGUUCCCGCUCAUCAAUUGUAACGAGUUUGAAAUCAGAAAUGGAGUUCCCAUGUCUGCUGAUAUUCCAACUCCGAACGACCCUAACAGCCCUGCGCAGGUAUUUAUUCUAUGAGUGCAGUACUUGUAAACUUGUUCAGAUUGUCUUUUCUGGAAACAAUUUUAUCGCAAAAGAAGGAGGAGCGCUUUUCAUUCAAGAUAUUGUAAUCGAAGGAUCUUUAAAGUGUAAUGGAGAAAGUUUGGAUAGUCAUCCGGUCUUAAUCUCGAAUCCUCCAUCAAGAGCAAAUGAUGAUGAUAAGAGGAGUUUCUCUGAGGCCAUGGGAUUGAAGGUAGUUGGACCAAAAUGUUCUUUGAUAAUCUCAAAGUGAUCUGAUUUAGGGUCUCGAAGGAAUUCCAGGUUUAGAAGCAAUUGACGCCAGAAUGCCUGCCAGUUUGGAUGAACAACAAAUAGCAAUUGCCAAUUUGCAAAAAAGCUUGCAAAGCAACCGUGUAGUCGAGACGCAGCCAAAGUCCUCGCAUGAGACUCAAUCGGUGGUCGCUGUGAUCCCUCAGCCACUGCCCCAACUGCAAUCCGCUCCUCAGGCCCCACAGACGCCACCGGACUCGUUAUCACCUAUCCCUUCUCUUUUCGAAAGUUGCCUCGCUUUGUCUUGUAAUCCCUCUGACUUGAGCUGCAAGUUUUGGCGAUCAUCCGGUAAUAACCGAUGGGAGAUCGGGACAUCGGGAAGAGUGGCAAAUCCUCUUACCGGAAUCAACCUGCCACCGGGAACAGGUAUUCAUCAGCGUUAUGUAAGUUCAAAAUAUAGUUGUUUUCAGCUCAAAAGUUCUUGGUCGCCCCGUUCUUCGACUCUCACAUCAGCAGCUACACCUUGGUAUCGGAAUCUCUUAACGUUCCACUGUUGGAAGAAGUUUACUUCUGUUUCUAUGAGUACUACGCAACCGAAGGUCUUUCUAUUGCUAUCUGCACAGACAAAAUGGACUGCUUCUACAAGAAGAGCACUCUGACAAUGGGAGAAGGACUUCGGGUUAGUUCCUUUAAAUAACUCCCGUCCACUUAUUUGAAUUCAGGACAAUAAGAAGUGGAACAUCCGAUGCGCAAAGCUUCCUCCAGGAUCUUAUGAGGUUGGUCCAUGCUUCCAAAUCUUCGCAGUAUUUCACAUUUAUUUUCAGCUCCGUGUCAUUGCCGAAAAUGCUGGUGAAAAUAAAGGAGAGGUCGGAUUCCUUCCGAUCCGUUUGUCUAGAGAUGGCAAAGGACAACAACUCAUCUGCUAG